CGAGCACGAGACCCCGCCCCGCGGCAGGAAGUCCCGCCCAUCGGUGUGUAACCCGGAAGCGCCUGGCCUAGGCCGCGGCCCGGGAUGGCGGAAUAUGAGAGUGUCCAGCGCGCGCCGCUGCGGCUGAAGGGGAGCGGCGCGGCCCCGGCGCUUGGGAAGCGGAAGAAGAAGAAGGCGGCGGCUAAGGACAAAAGCAAAAUCGUGGAGCAGAUCGUGAGCAGUAAGAAGCAGGAGGAGGAGAAGAAGCGGGCUCUGGACAAGCGGACCCCUGCACAGCUGGCCUAUGAGAAGACCCAAGAGAAAAGGCAAAUGGAAAGAAUACUGAAGAAAGCCUCCAAAACUCAUAAACAAAGAGUUGAGGAUUUCAACAGACACUUGGAUGCUCUGACUGAACAUUAUGACAUUCCCAAAGUUAGCUGGACUAAGUGAAUGUCUUCUCUUCCACAGUUUUGGAUUCUAAGUAGACGUUUUAUUCAAAGGAAAUGACUGCGCAAAUCUCUGCUCUCUAAGUUGGAUAUUUUAUUAAUGUUAUAUAAACAUGUGCAUUCUGGCACUUUUUCAUUGUUCAUUUAAAACUAUGUUCACAGCACAGCCAUCUUCCUGAACUACUAGUAAAGGCCCUGAGCCUCCACUCAGGUGCAAGGAUAUGGAUCCUUUGCAGAGCUCUCUGCAGGAUCAGGGCUAAAGGUAGUUCAUGCUUAUUGGAGAAAUUUAUCUAGUGUAUUCUGAUUAUCUGGUAGAUACCUCUUCUCUUUUUUCCUUUGAAAGGAGAACUUUGACAGUGUCCUACAUAAUAAACUUCAUUUAUGAAUUCAA